UAGCACCAAACGAAUCGAGUCACGUUUCGACAACUAUGGAAUCACAAAUUUAGAAUUGGUUCAUUUCUCAUUUCGAUGCCAAAAGUGACAGAUUGCCAUACACUUCAUUCGUCUAUUUAGUUUAGUUUGUUUUGCCAACGUUUCUACAAUCUCCUCCAAUGUUAAUUAAAAAAAAUUGUAUAUAAUUUUUAUAUAAAAGCAAAAAGUUAAAAACAAUCACUUGCUCUCCCCUCUCCAACCAUGAAAUUUAAGGUAUUUUCUUUGAUUGCAAUUCAAUCUUGGUCUUCAUAGUUUGUUUCUAAAAUUUUGUUAAAGGUGAAAUUGUGUUUUUGUUGAAUUGAAUUUUAUUAUUUCAGAGGAUUUUUAUUUUCAUUAUUAUUUAUUUAUUUUUUGGGUGGAAAAAUUGCAAUGGAAUAAGAGUGGAGAGACAGAUCAGAGUUGAGCGUAAUGCCAAGAGACGAAGAGCGAGAACGGCGUCGUAUUCGAGACAGGCAAAGAAGGCAAUCUAUGACAUUGGAACAGAGAGAGCGACAUCUCGCCAGACGUCGUAAGAAUUAUCAACUCAGAAGACUCAGAGCUGAGACUCGAAGACUUGACACUACUACUGCUACAAUGUCUCUAGAAGAACCAACCAUCAUGAUCAACUCUACCCCAGAAAAGGAUUUUCAAGAUGAUGGCUUAAAUCCCAAUAAUGGGUUUGUUCAAGAGAAGGAAAAGUUCAGCUCAGAAUGCCUGGAUUCCAUGAGUCUGGAAACUCUGGCUCAGAGAUCUGAUAAUGUCAUCAAGAAGAUACGAUUGAGUCAUGUAAGAAGUCUUGCUCGGUCGUUGAAUCGUUGUGGAGGUGGGGUUGGUGUUGGUGUUGGUGUUGGUGAUGCUAGAUUGCAACUUGGAGUUGGAGACAAUGAUUCAGGUAGAUUAACUGGUGGGCUACGUUUGAACCGGAUAAAGCGUCUUGCCCGGGCGUUGAAUACUGCUAACACUGAUACUGAUACUGAUGGUGAAAGCCACCAAGGAUAAAAGAUUUCAUUCUGGCGAAGGAUGUGAAUUUUCAUUGGACCAAAUAAAGACGAGGAGUGAAUUUCUUUUAGAUGGUCUAAAUGGUUUUAGACAAAAAAAAAAAAGCAAAAAGAAAAAAAGGUUUGCUUAAUAACUUUUAUUUUAUAACUCUUCUGUAGCUAGUAAAAGUUGUUUAAAACUCUAAUUGGAAGUUGAUUUGUUAAUUAAAAUUGAUUAGCAGAUAAGUUUUACUCCUGUGUCUAAUAACAAAGAAACUUUGUCAAUUUCUAUCGUUUUUAUUUUUUGAUUUUCUCUUACCAAUCAAAAUGUCAGUAGAAUCCCAAACCAAAACGCCCCAUUCCUUUCUUCUCUAAUACUGACUGAUUCAUUGCUUUUUUGAGAUGAAAUUCAAUGCUUUUUAUUAAACUUUGUUUUUACGGUCAAUGGUCAUUCCUUAAAACUUUAUUCUCUUACGUGAUUGAAGCUUCUGUUGGCGCACACAAAAACCAAAUGUAUGAAAAAGCAAGUUGUAUUAUGCAAUGUGAACUGAUGUAAAGAAACUUGUGGAAAGUUGCAGGUCUUUUUGUUUGGCGGAAGAGUCAUGUUAACAUCUACUUUUUCUCUUUAAGUUGCAGCAUUUAGUUCUUUCUUUCACAACACAUAAUUGCCUAUAUUGUAUGAGUUAAUCUUAAUUGGGAUUAUAUCUUAUCCAUUCGUUUGCUCUUGAAGGUGCAGGUUGGAGAAGACUAACCUUAAUUGGCUGAGAAAAGGCUUCUUGCAUAUACAUAAAAUAAAAUCUAAAAACUGACCUGGGCUCACAGACUUGCAGAAUAGUAAGGAACAAUGGAUGGAAUCUACGGCCUAAGUUUCUGAAUUUUAACACUAAAUUCAUAGUAAAAUAGAACAACAUCUAAUAUAUAAUAAUUUUAUUAUUAUUUUGGCUCAUUUUUUUGCAAAUAUUUAUGUGGUUGUCCUCAUUCUUCAUUUUAGCUAAUCAAGUUUGUUGACGACGGUUUUCGCAAUUAAGUUUUUUCAUAGAAUUAGGAGGAAAAGAAAAGAACAAAGAUUUUAAUCCAUGAUAUUAAGAUGAUGAUCUGCCUUAAAGCCUGAAACAAUUUUAUAGAUCUUCAGUACAAAAUUUGUACUGAAGAUCUUCAUAAAACCUAACUAAGCCUACGCGCUUGAGCCUGCACCACGAUUCGAGCUCACAAUUGUAGUACUAUCCAUGUCACCACCUUUCAAGCCUUCGAAGUCAAUCUCUUGGCAUGAUCCGUUCCUCUCGAGCUAACCCCUUAUUUCGAACCACACAGAUGACAUGACACCAGGAAGGAUGACACUUGAAUAAAUCAAUACGUUUAUUUUUCAUUCUUACAAAUUUUAUUUUUGCGAGUCAGACGAACUUAAUUAUCUCGAAAUUUGGAGUAUAAUAAGAUUAAAUAUUUAAUUUUAUUGGUUUCUUGCCAUGUUUCUUUGUCGAUCUCAAUAUCAGAUCUAGCUGAGCUUCAUGAUUCAUUGGCUUACUUUAUGGCUUUGAAGUUUGUAAUUCAUUUAUGAUGUAAAUCCUUAACUGGAUUGAGAUGGUAUAUGCUAGACUAGCUAAUGAACUAAAAAUGUACGUCAAAACAAUAUUAAUAUAUAAUGGAUAAGAAUUUUCUGUCAUGAGAUUUCUUAUGUUUGGGGUUGGCCAAACCUCUUAACUAGCUCAAACCAUAUAUAUAACCAAUGUUCAUAUCAUAUCUGCUAAGUGUUCAAAUUAACCAGGCAGAAUCACAAGUUAACAAAGCUCCAUUUGAUAUCAAAAACUAGUUACAACAAUGUAUGUAUCCUCGAUUUACUUCUCUUUUUUGUGGAUAGAAGUAACUAGAAAUGAUAUGAACAUUACUGAUUACAGAUUAAGCAGAAAACAUUACUGAAUACUAACUAGAAAUGGGAUUAAAUAACGGGGAAAGCAGCGAGGAUGAAAAAAUAUCCCUAUACAAUAUAUUGAAAAUCUUCUUUUUAUGUUUAUAAUUAAUAAAUAAUAGCUGCAAGUCAUAUCAACGAGCUUUCAUAGCUCAGUUGGUUAGAGCACCCGUUU